AUGGAGGGUACUUCAGCAACUUCAUCAUCCUUAAAAGGUCUGAGGGAAGGAGCUUGGUCUGAGGAAGACGAUCUACUUCUAAGGAAAUUUAUUGAAAAGAAUGGUCCAGGAAAAUGGCGGCAAGUUCCUCUUAGAGCAGGCCUAAAUCGCUGUCGGAAAAGCUGUAGGCUGAGGUGGUUAAACUAUCUACAACCAAAUAUCAAACGAGGAGCGUUUGAACCAGAUGAAGUGGAUCUCAUCACCCGCAUGCAUAAGCUUCUUGGUAACAGAUGGUCCUUAAUUGCGGGUAGAGUUUCGGGAAGAACAGCGAAUGAUAUUAAAAAUUUAUAUAAUACUUAUUUGAAAAAAACUUAUUCAGCAAACAAACAAAAGAAAUUAUCAACUACUCCGAAGACAAAAGUUUUAAGACCUUUACCUCGAACCUUCUCCAAGAGAUCUCAAUGGACUCUAAACAAAGCAUCAACAUCAGUGCCAACAAUAGGGAUGGAAAAUAACACUAUUACUGCAAAAAUUAGUACUUCGCCGACUAAUGAAAAUUUUAAUAAUCUUGAAGAGUUAACAAAUAAUAAUUUAUUAUCAGUCGAUGAUUAUUUUCCUCAGUUAUCAUCAAAAAACGUUAAUAGCACAGAUGAUUACUACUGUAGUUUUGAUGUUGGUCAAGGGGCAGAUAAAGGAUGUAAAGUUGGGGAUUACUGGAACAAUGAUAUGUAUCUCGACGAUGAUCUAUGGAAAAUAUUAGGGGAAGACGAAGAAGGACACUUUAUCAUAUAA